AUGCCCCGAGUACCGCGUACAUGGGGUCUCCCCGUUCUGGGGAGACGGGCCUCAGUCCCCAAGCACACGACCCCCUUGGCCAUUCGAGCCAGCAGCAGCAGCAGCAGCAGCAGCAGCAGCAGCAGCACAUCACGCACGCAGAUACUCCGCCGCAAGCUAUGGAAGGACGGUGAGGCUCCCGGUCCCGAAGACCCGUACACGCAGCGCAUGGAGCCCGCAGAGGAGGAGCAGGGGUAUGGGGAGGAAGGAUACACCCCGUCGUCCCGGACGUUGUCGGGCCGCGACCGCACCCCCCGUGCCGUCCGGGAGACGCGCCUGGCCAUGCCGGCCCGGCGCACCGAAGCCGCCACGGAGAGCGAGGUCGAGAGCAGCGACCCCAGCUACACGCCCGCCACCAGCCUGGAGGAUCUGGCCGAGGUCGGGCCCCUGCGCACCUGGUGGGACCAGCCCGGCCACUGGGGGCCCGAGAGCAUUUUCCGCGGCUUCGGGCGCGCAGCCGCCGCCAGGGUCGUCGACCGCAACCUCGUGGAGGUCCACCUCCGCAGGGCCGUGGUCGAGGUUCUCGCCCUCAGGGAGACGGGCCGCUUGGCCGAGUGGGCCACCCGCCGGUGGGCCGACGACGGGUCCAGGGCCGCGCUGGAUGCCGCUUUGCGGGCAGACAUCUCCGUCGCAGCGGACGGCACCGCCAGCCUGUCCAGUGGUCAGGCCUCUGCUAUUGCGGACGGGCUCACGGCUGAUGCUGAGGGUGCUUCUCCUGCUGCGUCCGAGGUAGUCGACGAGAUCAUCUCCCUGGAUGAGGCGCGCGAGAUGGUCAAGUCUUGGGAUUCGUCGUGGAAGGAUGUCAUGUUGGAUACUGAGGCCAAGUUUGCGAUCCGUAAACGUCUUUACCAGCUCACAGGCACCCUCAUCCCAGACGCCAGGCUCGGUGCUGCCCGCACAGCUCGCCACCUGGUGACGGUCGCGUCCAAGCAGCCCAGGCAACCCAAGCUGGCCGAGCUCCUGGAGGUGCAGCGCCCCGAUUUCGUCAGCCUGCCCAAUGUCAGAGUGCAUGAAUCCAAGAUUGGCCCCAUCGACCGCGAGGUCGAGGUGGGUAGGUGGAAGGUGAUUGAGGAGGAGCUCAAGAAACGUGGCCUGCCUGUCACGGGUAUCGAUGGCCUGGCCGGGCAUAAGGAAAAGAAGUGGGUUCGUGGUGAGGAGUGA